AAUAAAUCUUAAAUUAAACAAAAAAAAAAGUCACAUAAUCCAAAAAUUAAAAUCCAUCCAUCCCUAGUUCAAAGAAAUCUAGCUACACAUAGUGAAGUUCUGGACAGCCAUAAUUCGGAAAACCCAGUAGAAAAUCAUAGUAAAAAAAUCAAGUAAGAAUCAACAAAACCCAUCCCAAUGGAGAGCAAGCCGAACUGCACUUUGCGUCGAUGGCGUGCUGCUGUCCGGAUCUCCCAAACAGAGGCUGUCGGAGAAGAGAACAGAACCAGAGAAGACAAUGGAAACAAAGGCUGUUCUGUAGUUUCAAACCAGGCUGGGCAGCAGCGUUGUGCUCUCCUCCUUGUUUGCGAACAGAUUUUUGGCGUCCCCCUCUUUUCUAUGUGCAGAGCAGAUUCCCGUUUUCUUUCUGCAGAUCUGGCCUUCUUGCUGCACAUUCCACUGAAAUUCUGUAUUGAUACUGAAGGAACUGGGUUAAGCUCAUAAAAGAUGAAUUAUAGCUCCACUUCUCAGCUUUCCAACACCUUAAGAAUUAUCUCAAUCUGAUGCCUGAAGAAAAAGAUAUGAUUAAAUUACUACAGCAUGU